AUGCUCAACGUCUUUCUUAGCAGAGAAGAUGUUCCGAGCUACCGUGUAGUCGCUCCUCCAGCCGGCGAAUUGCAACAGAUAACCGUCCACGAAUCCACCCACCAGGUCAGACAGUACAUCUCUGCCGCCGUUCUCCGUGGAAUCAAAUUCGACCAGGCCAGAUACGAUUCCUUUAUCUCUCUGCAGGACAAACUUCACCAGAAUCUGUGUCGUCAGAGGACAUUGGUGUCCAUGGGUACUCACGAUCUUGACAAGAUCAAGGGUCCUUUCACCUAUGAGGCUCUACCACCUCAGGAUAUCAAAUUUGUCGCUCUAAAUCAAACCAAGGAGAUGAAUGCCACCGAGUUGUUCGAACAUUACGACAAAGAUGAGGGAAGCAGACAUCUAGCCAAGUUCCUACACAUCAUUAGAGAUUCUCCGGUAUAUCCAGUCGUCUUGGAUUCCAACAGGAACGUUUGCUCUCUUCCUCCUAUUAUCAACAGCGAGCUAUCUAAGAUCACUCUCGAUACCCGAAAUGUCUUUAUCGAAAUCACCGCCACCGACAAGACCAAGGCCGAAGUCGUCUGCCACAUCCUCGUCGCGAUGUUCUCCGGCUACUGUGACGAAGCCUUUACAGUUGAACCCGUCAGAAUCAUUUCCCCACACAACCACGAAUCCCGUGAAGUUCCCGACAUGACUCCCCGUAGCACCACUGCUGAAGUCUCCUACAUCAACUCCUGCACCGGCCUCAGCCUCACACCCGAAGAAAUGUGCAACUAUCUCAAGCGCAUGUCCUACAUUGCUCGCCCAUCGGCAACGGACAAGGAUCUCCUAGAUGUCGACAUCCCUGUCAACCGUGCCGACGUUCUUCAUCAAUGCGAUAUCAUGGAAGAUGUAGCCAUCGCUUACGGAUUCAAUAACCUGGAAAAGACUUUCCCCGGAAAAUCGGGCACAAUAGCGAAACCCCUACCAAUUAACAAACUGGCUGAUAUCAUUAGGCUGGAGAGUGCGAUGGCAGGUUGGAGCGAGGUUAUGCCUCUUAUUCUAUGUUCUCAUGACGAAAACUUCGCCUACCUAAACCGAAAGGAUGAUGGCAACACUGCUAUCAAACUGGCUAAUCCAAAGACCGCAGAAUACCAGGUCGUAAGAACAUCGUUGCUUCCUGGUAUCCUCAAAACGAUCAGAGAAAACAAGAAACAUGCGCUACCAAUCAGAGUUUUUGAGGUCAGCGAUGUCGCUUUCAAGGAUGAAACUUAUGAAAGGAAAUCGAGGAACGAAAAGCACUUCGCUGCGGCUUGGUGUGGUAAAACCAGUGGAUUCGAGGUUGUCCAUGGUCUGCUGGAUCGCGUGAUGGCUAUGUUGAGAGCCACUUUCAUAGAAAAGGACUCUGGAGCGGAUGGGUACUGGAUUGAAGAGUUGAAGAACGACACCUACUUCCCCGGUAGGGCAGCAGAUAUCUGGUAUAGAAAGAAGGGCAAGGAAGCAAAGGUUAUCGGUAGCUUCGGAGUUCUGCAUCCGUCGGUGUUGAAGGCAUUCGACCUAACACUCCCCGUUAGCACACUAGAAAUCAAUGUUGAGGAUUUCUUAUAA